GGUCGUCGCCCAUAGCAAAGAAAGACCAAGUCCAAGACGCUUACGAUGACAGUAGUUGACUUUUCUUUAUCGUUUGCAUUUUUGUCCAUGACUCCUGUUUCCUCUGGAACCGGCUCUCCGUUUCUUGUCUGCUUCGCCGACGAGACCAUCUCUCCUGGCUUCGCCGCUGCUGCAUCGGGCGGCGGAGUGUCGUCGGUCAGUAGUCUUUGCAUUUAAUUUCCAGAUAAUUAGAUUCAACACAUCCUUUUCCGUUAAAAUUUUCCAGAUAAUUAGUCUUUUCUGCUCCGUUCAACGUCACUUAAUGGCUGGCCGUCACUUGUCCCGGCGAGAGACCUCGUAAAUCCACCCGCGUCAUCCUCCAUCCGCCACCUCCACCCCCGACCUUGAAAAUCUCUCCUCUCUCUUUUUUUUUUUUUUUCUCAUUCAAUCACCAAUUCGUUCAACAUCAAUGCAAUUAAUUAUACAUUUCUCAAGUUUAAUCUCUCACGCAAAUCACCAAUUCGUUCAACACCUUGCAAUUUGCAACGCGAGCUCCGAUCGCUUAUCUUCCUCGUGUCGCUCCGUAUAUCUAAUUGCUUCGUGCUGAGUUCAGGAGCCGCCGCUGCCGCUAUCCUAUUUUAUGGGGUGAUAUCGGUCGAAACUAGUUUACGGGAAAUUGACCGCUCGGUAUGGCCUCGUCUGGAUCCCGCAUGCUCACCGCCGGCGUUGCUGAUGACGUGCGACCCAACGGUCGGGCGUCUUCCCUGAUUCGGAUGUGGCGGGAGUUGGAGGCUGAGGCAGGAGCUGGGCUCGCAUCUAACCACUGCGCCGAAAGCGCAGCCGACGCUGUGGCCUCCGACGGCUCGGGUUUGGUGGAUGGGUUAGGGGACUGGACCUCCGACGCGAUGACGACAGCGUCGAGCGAGCCGGUGAGCUCCUUCCCUUAUUUUCGGUUUAACGAGAUAGACCAGAGCCGGGUGGGGGACGACGAUAAUAAGGCGGGAAUGCUCCGCGGAGCCGGCGAGGGCUCUGGGGUGCUCAGCCCACGGCGGCUGAGAGGGCGCGGGGGAACUCAGAGUUUCAAGGGGAGGAUGGAGCAUGAGCGACGGCGGGAGCUCGUGGCCUUGGCAGACCGACUCUCUGUCUCACGCUUUGCCCACCGUGGCCGGCUUCAGUCAAUGCUUAAGCUCAGGUCCCUCGAAAGGCAAACAGCAGUGCUAGAUCGGAUGCGAUGUUUCCCAUGUAGAAUGGACUCCGAUCGACCCUACAAUCAAUCCACAAUCUCAUAUCUCAGAAAUCCAAUUGUGGAGGUUCAGAGCCCCACCGGAAAUGGCGAGAUCUCAACGAAUACAAGCAAUGCAGCGAAUGUUCUGUUCCAUGCUGAAUGUUCCGGCAGUCCAUGUUCUACUGAACAAUUUGAUGGUUCUUGGGAUGGCAGAUGCUCGUCGCAGUCGAUCAGUUGGCACAGUGAUGAGGACUCAAACUCACGCAGAGGAUGGAGGGUAGCAAGAAGACAUGAUUCCUCUGAGAAUUUCACAGACAAUGUGGAAAUAAGGGAGCUUCUCGACAGGAGAAGAGUCUCCACUUCCCUCGCAAGCGACUUCUCUGAUAAGAUGAACAAGUUGAUCUUGUCGUUCAUACAGCGGCGGCGGAGGCGAGCAGGGAAUUGCUUCUACAAAGAUUUAGCUGAGCACCAAAAUUUGGAACAAGUUGAUUCUGUCUCAUCAUCUCUGGAAAGGGAGGCCGUGCAUGAAUUGAGAAGCGAAAUGGCUCGAAUCCGCAAUGAAAUUCGGGAACUGAGGCAAAUGGUUAAGAGUUGCAUGGAGUGGCAGGGCAGGCUUGAGCGGACUAUCGAGCAGGACAUUUCAGGUUGGAGAACUAUUUUGUUAAUUGUUUCUUAUAACUGUUUAACUUGUUUCUGCACAUGGCCACACUUGUUAGCAUUGCAGUUGGAUCAGUGAACAGAUUGCAAAAUUUGAGUCUAUAGCUCUCGUUCAUCUCGAUGGACGACCUAUCCAAUGAACGGCUCGAGUUCACUGGCAUGUUUCUACUAACAUAUCGAUCUUCGAAAAUAUCGAAACCCGUGAGCACCUGUAACAAUGGAACAUGUGCAAUAUGUGGAUUCACAGUUUGGAUGUGGUAGCUCCCUUUGUUUGCGGAAUCGAUAGUGCUGAAUGGAGGCAAGAUGUGCAUCUUUCCUUUCCCUUUUCGACUAAAGAAUUAUUGUUCAAGCAAAGUCCGGCCAUGUAUAUGUACAGGAUUGAAGUCCACCUUUGUUAGCCAGGUCUCCAUGUGUGUUUGUGAAGGAGGCAAGACCAUGGCUAGGGUAUGGUGGUAUUUUCAUCGUAAGAUGUAGAGAUUAAAUCUUGAUUAAUAGGUGAGUGUCUGUGCACUAUUUAACAA